CUCCCAUCCUUAAAAUAUUUGGAAAAAAGGAAAACCCGAUUAUUCUAUUACAAAAUGGGUUCUAUAGAGCCACCGACUAAUGCAGAAAACGGUUCAAUUUCGACGGCCACCGCCGCCUCCACCGCCACCGACGGAGGAGUUCAGCCGUCCGAAUCAAACGGAGCUCAGCCAAACGAUAACGACGCGUCGAGAAAGAGGAGGGCCAACAUGCUUCCUCUGGAGGUCGGAACGCGGGUGUUGUGCCGGUGGAGAGACGACAAAUAUCAUCCCGUGAAGGUCAUCGAACGCCGGAAGUUACCUUUCGGUGGAGCGAAUGACUACGAAUACUAUGUUCACUACACUGAGUUUAAUAGAAGACUUGAUGAAUGGGUGAAACUUGAACAACUUGAUCUUGAUUCAGUAGAAACUGUAGUCGAUGAAAAGGUGGAGGAUAAGGUACUGCAGUUUUCUAUGAUCACCUUCUGGUAUUAUUUGUCAAAUUGGAAUAUGUUAUGCUUGAGAAUUUUUAGCUUUUUAAACUAUGGUGCUAAGUCCUGCUGCAGUGUUCUUGCUUAAAGAUGAAAUCUAUCACUUGUGCUUCUUUUUCUUUUGCAAAUUCAUUUGUGCUUUAAGCUUGGGCCCACAAUUUUCUUUUCUGCAUUCCACUUUUAAGUGGUGGUUCUCUUACGUAGAGUUUAAACUUCUCAUCCAUUAUAUGUGUUCUUAGAAUAUCCUGAGAGAUAUCCUGCAACUCAUAAUUGACCCCCACAGUUUUCCAUACGUUGUAAGAAGAAAAAUGUCGUGUUAGUUCAAUUUUGCUACUUCCCCAGUCUUGAUAUUGCUGACUAUUGUUUUUAUUAUUUGGAUUAUGGAAUGAGUUUAAAUAGUGACAGUAUUCCGUACGCUUACUUCCUUGGACCCUCUAUAUGUGGGAUCUUUACUAGGCUGCCAUUUUUCGUUUUUCAUGCUUGGAGUAAGUAGUGCAUGAUUUUCUCAAGAUUACACAUUGUAGCAAUUGCUGAAAAUUAUGACAUCUACGAUUGACAAGACUUCACGCCUAUGAUGAUGAUGUCUCAUUUUUAAUCUUUUAUGAAUUGAUGAAGCUUUGAAAUAUGAGCUUAAAUAGAGGUUUAUUCUCGUCUGCUUAAGUACGACUUUGUUAGGAAAGUUGUGAUUGCAUAUUGCACUAGACCGGGGCAAUAUAAGAUUUAUAGCCUGCACCCAUUGGUGAGAUAAAUGCUUAGUUUGGAAGUUUGUUUUCUGGUGAUGAUGCUAUUGGCCACUUUGUUAUAUUUUCAGGUAACAAGCUUGAAGAUGACACGCCAUCAGAAGCGUAAGAUUGAUGAAACACAUGUCGAGGGGCAUGAAGAGCUAGAUGCUGCCAGCUUGCGUGAACAUGAAGAAUUUACCAAGGUUAAAAAUAUUGCCACGAUAGAGCUUGGAAGAUAUGAGAUUGAGACUUGGUACUUCUCCCCAUUUCCACCGGAAUACAAUGACUGUGUGAAGCUUUACUUCUGCGAAUUUUGUCUCAAUUUCAUGAAGCGCAAAGAACAACUUCAGAGGCAUAUGAGGAAAUGUGAUCUCAAGCAUCCUCCCGGUGAUGAAAUCUAUCGAUGUGGUACCUUGUCAAUGUUUGAGGUCGAUGGGAAGAAGAAUAAGGUCUAUGGACAGAAUCUCUGCUAUCUUGCCAAAUUGUUUCUUGACCAUAAGACGCUUUACUAUGAUGUCGACUUGUUUCUGUUUUAUGUGCUGUGUGAAUGCGAUGAUAGAGGAUGCCAUAUGGUUGGCUAUUUUUCGAAGGAAAAGCAUUCCGAGGAGUCAUAUAAUCUGGCCUGCAUUCUGACCCUUCCUCCUUAUCAGAGGAAAGGUUAUGGGAAAUUUCUAAUUGCUUUCUCAUAUGAACUGUCAAAGAAAGAGAACAAAGUUGGAACUCCUGAAAGGCCCCUUUCUGACUUAGGUCUAUUGAGCUAUAGGGGGUACUGGACGCGUGUUCUUCUGGAUAUAUUGAAAAAGCACAAGGGGAAUAUUUCUAUUAAGGAGCUCAGUGACAUGACAGCGAUCAAGGCUGAGGAUAUCUUGGCCACUCUACAAACUUUAGAGUUGAUCCAGUACCGGAAGGGACAGCAUGUAAUAUGUGCAGAUCCCAAGGUCCUUGACCGCCAUCUGAAAGCUGCUGGCCGAGGUGGUCUAGAUGUUGAUGUUAGUAAACUAAUAUGGACCCCAUACAAGGAGCAGAGUUGAGUAUCUCUAUCGUUUCGCCCCCACCGUAAAAUGUAUAGUUAACUUACAAGUAGAAAACCAACUGAUCUCUCUCUCUUUUUCUUUCUUUCUUUUUUUUUUUUUUUUUUGCGGUUAACAAACCAUCUGAUCUCUUUGCAUGUAGGAUGUUGAUUUUCUUUUUUGGUUGUUGACUGCAAAUAUCAUCAACUUCCUAUGUAUCCCUAGUAGUUUGCCUUUAUACCAUUGUGGUAUAGCCUAAAAAUAGUUAUGAUGUGUUGUUUGCAUAGACUGAACAGAUCAUAUGAAAUCCAAGUUCCUUUGAUUGGGGGAAUGCGUGCAUUGCAUCCCCUUUUCCUCCAUCCCC